AUGAGCUCCACGGCUCUGGCAGACACCACGCUGGACGAAAACACGUAUAACUAUUAUCUCUAUGACUAUGCUUAUAAGCCUUGCACCAAAGAGGGGGUCAAGGCCUUUGGGGAGCUCUUCCUGCCCCCGCUUUACUUCUUGGUCUUUCUUUUUGGUCUGCUUGGAAAUGCGAUGGUGGUUCUGGUUCUGUGCAAGUACAAGCGGCUCAAGUCCAUGACUGACGUGUACCUGCUCAACCUUGCCCUCUCCGAUCUGCUCUUCGUAUUCUCCCUUCCUUUCUGGGCCUACUACGCUGCCGACCAGUGGGUGUUUGGCCUGGGCCUGUGCAAGAUCGUCUCCUGGAUGUACUUGGUGGGCUUUUACAGCGACAUCUUCUUCAUCAUGCUCAUGAGCAUCGACAGGUAUCUGGCCAUUGUGCACGCAGUGUUUUCCUUAAGAGCCAGGACCCUGACUUACGGGGUCAUCACCAGCCUGGUCACGUGGUCAGUGGCCGUCUUGGCCUCACUCCCAGGCCUCAUUUUUAGCACUUCUUAUACAGAGCACAACCACACCUACUGCAAAACCUCCUACUCUCUCAACUCCACCGCGUGGAAGGUCCUCAGCUCCCUGGAGAUCAACGUCCUCGGGUUGGUGAUCCCCUUGGGGAUCAUGCUGUUUUGUUACUCUAGCAUCAUCAGGACCCUGAAGCACUGUAAAAACGAGAAGAAGACCAAGGCGGUGAAGAUGAUCUUCACCGUGGUGGUCCUCUCCCUUGGCUUCUGGACGCCUUACAACAUUGUGCUCUUCCUGGAGACCCUGGUGGAGCUUCAAGUCCUCCAGGACUGUGCCCUUGAAAGACACCUGGACUACGCCCUUCAGGCCACAGAAACCCUGGCGUUUGUCCACUGCUGCCUCAACCCCGUCAUCUACUUCUUUCUGGGGGAGAAAUUUCGCAAGUACAUCAUCCAGCUCUUCAAAACCUGCAGAGGCCCCUUUGCGCUCUGUCAGUACUGUGGGUUCCUCCAGCUCUACUCGGCCGACACCCCUAGCUCUUCGUACACACAGUCCACCGUGGACCACGACCUCCACGAAGCCCUGUAA